UGGGAGAACGUGAAGAGAUACUCAGCAAGGCUAACCAUUUCUAUUGUCAUUCAAUUCAACCUCGAUUGGUUUUUAGUUUGCUUGAGAUUAGGUGACAGACAGACAGACAGAACGUGGGUCUCUCAAUUGGGGAAAAGGAAGGAUAAGGGUAACCAUUUCAAUUAUCAUUCAAUUCAUUUUCAUUUUUGAUGCCCUUACUAAAUCGUAAAUCCAAAUUUCAAUAAUGUCUAAUUGCUUCUUCCCCCAUGAAAUUGUGGUGGAAAUCCUCCACAGGCUUCCAUCAAAGAGCCUUGUGAAAUGCACCUUGGUGUGCAAGUCAUGGCGUUCCCUCAUCACCGACCCUUCUUUCAUCUCCCUUCACCACCGCCAUUCCCCUUCCUUCCUCCUCCUUCAGCUCUGCAACGAACGCACCUUCCCCAACCUCCUUCACUAUUCCCUCCACCGUGACGACCCCUUCCUCACCCACUCCUCCUCCCUUCGCCUCCCCACUUCCUUUGACCGUGAAUUCUCCGUCGUCGCCAUCUGUAACGGCCUCGUUUGCAUCACCGCCGGUGAAGCGUACCAUGCUCUCAUCAUUUGCAGCCCUUCUGUUCGACGAUUUGUUAGCCUCCCUAGACCCCGUGACUACCUUAGUUUCUAUAGUGCCUCCGUUGCCUUCGGCUUCGAUUCCAGAAACUGUGAUUACAAAGUCGUGAGAAUUGCUUGCAUGGUGGAUGAUGAAAGGUUCGGGAUUUCUGCUCCUGAGAUUGAGGUUUACUCCCUUGCCAGUGGGUUUUGGAGGAACCUUGAUGGGGUUGCUCCUUUGUGUACCUUGUGUUUCGUUGGUAGAGAUGCUCCUCAUGGUUUUGUUGAUGGGAUUGUUAAUUGGGGUGCCAAACGCUGGGUGGGUGGUGGUGAUGAUGGUUGUUGGUACUAUUUUGUUUUGUCGUUUGAUUUUGAGGAUGAGGUGUUUGGUGAGGUUGUGCUGCCGGAGACGUUUGCUCGUGUCUCCUCGGAUGCAGUUACGGUUACUGUCGUUGGUGGUGGCAAUGGGAAGGCUCUUACUGUGUACUCUGUGAAUGGUGAUUCGCCCUGCUCUUGUGACAUUUGGGUCAUGAAAGAGUAUGGUGUUGUGGAGUCUUGGAAUAAGGUGUUUGCUUUUAAUCUGAAGGGGUUUUGUCUGGAAGCACCCUCUCUGGGGAUAACGGUCACUGGCGUGACUGCUCCUCCGGCGGCAUUGUGUGUUAGGAAUAGUGGAGAGGUGUUGCUGCUGAUGGAUGAGGAGGGAAAGGGGUGUUUGUAUUCGCUAGACUUGGAGAGCAAAAGAUUCACAUACCUUCAAAUUGGAGGAGAUGGGUACUCUUGGUAUCUUUAUUCUGGUUAUUAUUCUGAGAGCUUGGUUUUACUCAAUAAAGCAAGUGGUUUGGUGUCUUAUUGAAGAGGUAAUGCCAUCUGAAUCCGAUACAUGUGCAACAUAUAUUAAGAUGCUAAAUUUAUUGUGUGUGGAUAUAUUUUUUACUGUCUUUACGCGUUGUUUUCUGAAUGGGAGGAAUGCCUCUCUUGAGGUUUGUCAAGUGUGUAAAUGAAUGAUACGAGUAUAGGGAGUGUGUGCCUAGUGUUUAUCUAUGUUUCUUGUUUAUGAAUUCCAAGUAUUAACUAGUUUUCUGCUAAUAGAAUAGCUAUAAACUAUAUUUUUAAUAGAAAUUUCUCUGUCAAAUUAUUAGAACUUGUGUGGUGCCAAAUAUGUUAGAAGCCGAAGAUUGGCAUAAUCGAAAUACAAAAGUAUAAGAAACAUUAGAAGGGCCAGAGUUUUUGGGAUUGUAUGAAAUCCCUUUGAAGCCAAUAACACUAGUGACUGCAAAUAGGGAGGCCCAAUUUAUCCAAUUCAGUUAUGAUCAGUUUACUGAUCUCAAAUUCUUCGUGACCCAAUUCAGGAUUCUCAUCAAUCUUCCUUCUGAUUUUGACCAUCCAAUAAAAAACCUCUGGCUUCUUGGCAAUGUCUAGAAAGUUGGUGGAGUGUUGGGUUGAGGUGAAGGAAGAAUUUCUUGAUGAGAAGACGGGUGUUGCAGCAAACACAGAAAAUGAUGAAGAAAGGGAACCGUUUGAAGAUGGUUCUUUAACAAUCUUUUUUACAAUGCUGCAUGACAUCGUAGUGCUUAGCCAAUAUUGGUUAACCAUCUACCUUACAAUAGCGUCUGUUGAUGCAACUACGAACAAGUACAUUCUUCAGGUUCAUCAUGACCCAA